GCAUGCGUGACCAACAACAUGGUGGACAUGGAGAGAUUUCAAAGGAAGCCAGUUUGAUCAACUCUUAGAAACAAAAUCUUAACGGUGGUCAAGGAAAAAUCAAAGACAAGACGUUACUCCCUAUACCAGCAUAGAAGAUGGAUAGUCCUACUGAAGGAAGUUUAGUUUUAGGAACAACAAAAAAACAUUGCACUUUGUCAAAGGAGGAGGCCGAAUAUAGCGGUCAUCUUCCUGGAAAAACGAAAGAGAAUUCAGGUUUGAAUGGCUAUAUAAAACACUCUUCAGAUAUGCCAUUGCAUUCAGAACCAGCAGCCAGAAAUGGCACAGAAGAUAUAAGUGAUAUUUCAACGGGCCCACAUACUUGCAUCAGUUGUGGAGCAGGAACAGAAGAUUCUCCAGAUGUUGAGAAACUAUCCAAAUCUGAAGGUCACAGUUGCUCAGGGGAACACAGCAUCCAAUGUUCGUGCACAGACGUUUCCCAACACCUCCAAAGACUCAGUAUUGGGGGAUUACCUACCCACCAAAGUGCCAAUACAGGCAAUCAAGUUAUUGAAGGAAUUCACUAUGUUAUUUAUGAAUCUGAGCUCCAGAUGCCUGACAUUAUGAGACUAAUAACGAAAGACUUAUCAGAGCCUUAUUCUAUAUACACUUACAGAUACUUCAUUCAUAACUGGCCAAAGCUUUGUUUCUUGGCACUAGAUGAAGGGAAGUGCAUUGGAGCCAUUGUGUGCAAGUUGGACAUGCAUAAAAAGAUGGUUAGAAGAGGUUACAUAGCAAUGUUAGCUGUAGAUCAGGAGUAUAGGAGGAAGAAAAUAGGUUCAAAUCUGGUGCUCAAAGCAAUCCAUGCAAUGAUGGCAGAUGACUGUGAUGAGGUUGUUUUAGAGACAGAAAUAACCAAUAAAGCUGCACUACGGCUAUACGAAAACCUUGGUUUUGUACGUGACAAAAGACUCUUCCGCUAUUAUUUAAAUGGAGUUGAUGCACUACGGCUCAAGUUGUGGCUGAGAUGAACUAAAGGGUUUUAAGUCGUCACACUUUUUUGAUUUUUAAAAAAUCAACUGUCAAUUUCAUAAAUAACAAAUAAACUGCUUAAAUUGAUAAUUGAUGGAUACUGCAAAUCAUAUUUCUUAAAUUGGUUUCUGUUAUAGGCUUGUGUAAUUGUGUGAGAAGUUGAAUAUAGUUGGCUCUGUAGUGGAAUACUUGAUGAAUUGUCUGUUACAUUUUUAAGGCAUUUGUUGAAUAUUUUUGGAAAAAAAGUUUGGUUUAACAGUUGUAAACUGUAGUUACACAUUAACUAUCAUUGUUUUUUUACAAAGAAAAAAAUAUGACUUAGUAUCCUACAAUUCCUACCUGAAACCUAGAGUGGUCUUUGUCAACUGUAAGGCAGUUUGUUAUUUUAAAAAUAACAAACAUGAUUCUCCUUUCGAGUCUUCCUAAUACAUUCUUAUUGUAUUAGUGGUAAUGAGGUGGCUGUUUGAAUAGAUUACCUGUAGCUGUUGGAGACAUUUAUUAAUACAGAGAAUCACUUAAAAGAUGCAUAUGAAGUCAAAUCUUGGCCACCAAGCUUGCCCAAAUGCCAUCACAUAGUUUUAAAUAGCAUAACUUGAAGAAAUGCCAAAAGGUAUGGUCUCAUACUCCCAAAAAACCAAUAUUUGAACAGAAGAUAUCUGUUUUCUGUUGUUUCCACCAGUCAUAUGAAUAUUGGUGCUAUUGCCUGCAUAGCAGUAAUGCAUCAUACAUUAAUACAUCAUUUGGUGUACUUUAAUGAACUGGAGGGAUGGAUAAAUAGGUCAAGCUUCUGACCAGAAAUUAGAAUAAGGUGCAGUUUUCAGGGUAUUUUUGGCUGACUGGGAGAUAAAAUUGAUUUAUCUUUUGGCAUGUCAUCUUAAUAAGAAUCUAGUAGAAGUGAUUGAUAUGUGUUACCGGGAAUCUACAUUUGCUUCAUAUGUAACUUUAAUUCUGAUAGAAUCUAUGCAAAUAUAAGUAAGUGGCAUAUUCAUGUCACCACUUUGAAUUCUUCGCAGCUAAUGUAAGUCCAAUUUUUACAUCAUUUCCUCAGAUUUCCCUAGAUUUUUAAUAUGCUACCAGGGCAUAAUCAAGGAUUCAAAAAACAUGACAAAGAUAACUGUAGUUACUGCUAGCUUCAAUGCCUCUUUUUGCUUCUUUUUAGCCAGACUGAUUGGACUACAUUGUGCACAUUUGCUUUUACAAUUACUGCUUCUGAAAUAAGUAUCAAAAAUAUUCUGAGUGUGGAUGGGAUGAAAAUAAGUAUCAUAAAGGAAUUUAAAGGAUGCAUUAGAAUCUGUUAAUGUAUGGCACAAUGUUUUUCCUCUUCAGGAAAUUGUUUAUAACUUUACAGAUUUUUAAUUUUUUGUCUUGGUUGAUGUAUUAGCUUCCACUUAACUAAAAGAAACAUUCUUGAUUUUUUUAGUUCGAAGAAAGAUCAUUUAUAAGUGUGAAUCAGUAACAACAAGUUAUGUAAAAUGCUGUCUGUUAAAAUAUGAACUUGGAUUGACUUUGUGUUCCAUCUCCCAUGGAGUACUCUCUGAUUUUCUGAAGUGUGUGGAAAAAAAAAGAAAAAAAAAUGUUUGUUUUAUGA